AUGGACCCGCCAACCACAUCUGCAUCCCAGUCCCCGAAACCGCCGCAGCAACAGCCCGCGGUUCAGGCAUGUCGCUAUAAGACCGGGAAAACACUGGGUUCCGGGUCAUAUUCUGUUGUUAGGGAAUGUGUCCAUAUCGACACCGGGAGAUACUAUGCGGCAAAGAUCAUCAACAAGAAGCUGAUGGCCGGGAGAGAGCACAUGGUUCGCAAUGAGAUUGCAGUUCUGAAAAAGGUGUCCAUGGGGCACCAAAACAUCUUAACUCUUGUUGAUUACUUCGAAACAAUGAACAACUUAUAUUUGGUAACAGACCUGGCUCUCGGUGGUGAGCUCUUUGAUAGGAUCUGUAGGAAAGGUUCUUAUUUCGAGUCAGAUGCUGCUGACCUGAUUCGAGCUACCCUUUCUGCUGUUGCGUACCUGCACGACCAUGGAAUCGUCCAUCGUGACUUGAAACCCGAGAAUUUGCUGUUCCGGACACCGGAGGAUAAUGCCGACCUGUUGAUCGCGGACUUUGGAUUAUCGAGAAUCAUGGAUGAAGAAAGAUUCCAUGUUUUGACAACAACAUGCGGGACACCUGGUUAUAUGGCACCCGAAAUAUUCAAGAAAACAGGACAUGGGAAACCAGUCGAUAUCUGGGCCAUCGGUGUCAUCACCUACUUCCUUCUCUGCGGUUACACACCGUUUGAUAGGGAUUCAAACUUAGAGGAAAUGCAAGCCAUCCUCAAGGCUGAUUACAAAUUCGAACCUGCACAAUACUGGCAAGAUAUCUCAGACAAUGCUAAGGAUUUCAUAAAACGUUGCCUGACAAUCGAUCCCAAGGCACGGCCCACGGCCCAUGCUGCCCUCGAGCACCCCUUCAUAAUUGAAGAACAGUUAGAGAAGGAGGCGGACUUGUUGCCCACCGUUCGUAAGAAUUUCAAUGCAAGGAGGACUCUUCAUGCCGCCAUAGACACUAUCAGGGCCAUCAACAAGCUCCGUGAAGGUGGUAUGAUGGAUGGGGCUUUGAGCUCCGCACCAGAAAACCAAAAAAAGGAGAAACCGGUAAACCAGCCCGUCGCAGGACUAUGGCAUGGAAGUUCUGCACAAGCGGCUACAACCAAGGGCCUCUGGCAGAAGUCGUGA